UCAUUCCGGAAGCAAAUUGUUGAUGUGAGGGAACCACUAUCGUCCAAGCUACUACAGUUGUGGCUUGUUUGUAUACCGCUCACGUAACUUAGCUAGGUAGCUAGUUUGGAAUUGGUUUGUUCCAACACUCCGCGAUAGCCAGUUUACUAGACUACAUGGUACCAAUGUGCCAGCUCGCCCAUUCUGUUACAAUUUAUUUUUUCUGAAAAUAAUUUUCGAUGUGAAGCAAGCAAACUGGUCAGUUAGCUAUGAUGUCGAAUUACGUUGCUUUCCAUGCCCAGUUAACCUCCAUUAUGGAGGUGUUAACUAAAGCGGCCAUAUCAGAAAUUUGUGAACUUGUGGACGAUGGUUAUGCGAUUUUACAUUUGGAAAUUUCUCGAAGUCAAAAAGAAAUCGAGUCUCUGAAGAGGAAAUUACGAUUGACGGAGCUGAGGGCUGCCCGAGGAUCCUGGGACCGAAGACGAGCAGCAGAGAGCCAUGUAAAGAGGCCGUCUAGUAGAGUCCAGCUUUGUGAUGGAUUUAGUGGGACUGCAAGGCAGAGAAACUUCUCCAUUGGUUGUCCGGCAGGCGUGAGUUUGUGGACAGAUGUGGAACCACCAACUGUGGUUGAGGAAGACUCUUCUGUUAGGUCUGCUGUGUGUGAGUCUGCGGAUAUAGAGGAGGAAAGCCCUGAAAUACAAACUAUCAAAAAGGAGGGAGCGGAUGAGGACACACAUGCCAGUGACCCUCAUGGAGGACUGAAGUUCAAUGAGGAGAGUCCUGUGGAGGCAGCGGGUGAAAAGGCUUCCAUUGUGGACACACAGACUGAACCUGUAGUAGGUACAGAGGAGCUCAAUGAGCAGCAAGGGACCACGCACUGUGUUUGGGAAGACAGCGGACCGGACACUGUUCUGAAGGCAGAACCAGAGCAUGAGUCCGUAAACCUCCAGGAAACAGCGGGGAGGCUGAACAGCCUGGAAAACGGGUACACUUUGUAUGACAGACCCGGUCAGUUGGACACUUUCUUUACACGGGGGGACUCAGAGACCGAGGAGCCUGCUUGCUCCUACUCUCCAAAGACCAGCUCAGACAGCCUCCCGAUCCAUUCGGAGCUGCAGCUCGGACCUACAGCUGCUGAAGGUGUAGGGGACAGGCUAUCGCCUGUAGGGCACUCUGAUGUAAAAUCAGACGUAAUACCAGAUGUAAUACUGAUAGAUUCUGAACCCGGUACAGUGGAUGUUGAUAUGCAUUCUGCAUGGACAAAAGAGUCAGUGUCAGGAGUGGCUCACUCACAGCAAAGGAAUUACAAGGAAUAUGGGCAGAGGGAAGAAAUGCAUCCAGAAAAUGCACUCCAACUGCCAGUGAGAGAGAGUAGAACAGGGUCAAACUCACAAAUGAACAGACGUUUCACCUCAGCCAGAAUCAAAACCAAUAAUCGAAUUGGCUCAAGAGAGAAACGAUUCAUUUGUGGAUACUGCGGAAAGAGUUUUACCUGCCCGAAAUAUCUUCAGACACACCAGAGGGUUCACACAGGUGAAAAACCGUAUAGCUGCAUGCACUGUGGGAAGCGGUUUGCUCAGUCAAGCUACCUAAAGAAACAUCAGACUGUUCAUACAGGAGAGAAGCCUUUCAGCUGUGCACAGUGUGGGAAGCGCUUUGCUGACUCCAGCAAUCUCAUCAGACACAAAAGUGUUCACACAGGAGAGAGACCAUUCAUUUGCAUACAUUGUGGGGAAAGAUUUGCAGGGAAACAUAACCUUAAAAUACACCAACAGAGAAACCACCCAUCUGUGUGGAGCUCAAGAUAAGAUCGAAACAAAGAUUCGGAUCUUCUCUUGAAUCUUUUGAUUUAGUGCACAUAGCAUGGGGAUGACUUUGAAAGAUUCUUUUUUUUAUAUAAAUAAGGAGUAAGACCCACCAACAUUAACUUCAAUGUCAGUUUGUCAAUCAUGAAAUGGCACAUCCUUGUUGUAUAUGACUUGAUUUGUACAAUUGUGCUAUCUGUGUUACUCUUGUAUUAGUGUAAACCGGAAGGAGAAACCUGAUGAGCUAGUCAAAUCAGCUGUUUCAGUUAUUGGGUUAUGUGUUAAAGCUUCAGUAUUUGAAUUGGACAGUUCAUAGUUUUUGGUACAUUAGUCCUACCAAAAUUACUGGUGUGUAAAAUAGAAGUGUUCAAAAGGCUGUAACAUGUGUUAUUGCUAUAAAUCUGACAACAAAACUAAAAAUUAGACCAACUAUACAGUAAACUGUUGGAAUUUACCCAGAUGGAUUGUUGCUAAUGUUUCCGUAUUUUAAAUGGAAACAUAGCCACGUUAAGUUUGAGAUUAAUGAUGUAUCCAUGUUCCCAUGUUGUAUUCUGAGCUUAAUAGGAGUAUAUCCAUUUAUAAUCACAUAACAAAAAACUGCAUGAAACCUAUAGCAUAAGGCAAGUGUUGUUAUUGCAAGUUUUAAACAACAACAUUACUUUAUACACCUUUUAUAACUAAAAUAAUUUAUUAAUUGUCAUGUAAAUGCCUUGAAUUUUGGAUAAAAAAACAUUGUGAAAUCACAGAAAAUAUAAACUAGUUACAUAACAUACUUAGUAUAUGUUUAAUAACAUACUGUGUUAAUAUGUUAACAUAAUAACAGUUUAAUAACAUACUGCAUCUUGCUGCUUACUUCAGUAGGAAAAUGUUAGCUUUUUGGCUAGCUGUACCAUGUCCAUCCUCAAAGACCACAGGAUCUGAAAGUAGUGGAAAAAGAAAACACCCUCAGGAAGCACAGUUUGGGUUAUUACAUUUGAACUUGUAACAUAUAUUGUGGUCACCUAUGUGCAUUGAAUUUAUCAAUGUAAAAUCACAUGAAUAAUGUGUUUCUGUGAUAUCUGUAAUAACUUCCUUGAAUAGUAGAAAAUAAAUAGUCCAAAUAAAAAAAUUA